AUGGCGAAGGAAGUGGCCGUGGUGGCCACGCUGCUGACCCUGAACCUCCUCUUGUUCGGUUUCGCCGACGCAUGCGGCUCCUGCCCUAGUCCAGGCGGCGGUGGCGGGGGAGGUGGUGGUGGAGGCGGGGGUGGUGGAUCUGGUGGUGGUGGGAGCGGUGGGGGCAGCGGUGGGGGCAGCGGCGGAGGGAGCGGUGGGGGCAGCGGUGGGGGCAGCGGCGGGGGCAGCGGCGGAGGGAGCGGUGGGGGCAGCGGCGGAGGUGGCAGUGGUGGGGGCGGCAGCGGAGGAGGCGGCGGCGGGACGAGCGGUCGUUGCCCCGUGGACGCGCUGAAGCUGGGCGUGUGCGCCAACGUGCUCAACGGGCUGAUCAACGUCAACCUGGGGACGCCGCCCAGGACGCCGUGCUGCACGCUGAUCCAGGGGCUGGCGGACCUGGAGGCGGCGGUGUGCCUCUGCACCGCCCUGCGUGCCAACGUCCUGGGCAUCAACCUCAACCUGCCCAUCAACCUCAGCCUCCUCGUUAACUACUGCGGCAGGCGCGUCCCCUCGGGCUUCCAGUGCUCCUGA